UACCCAGCCUGUCGCUAAACUUUCCUGGCGCCAGCCGGCUCUGAGUCGCGUUUCUGGGCGGAGUGUCCCGGGGACGGAGAACCCAGGCUGACUGCGGACCAUCUGCUCCUCUCGGCGGGAUCCGUGGAGAGUCCUUUCUCUGGAAUUGGAGCCCUAACCGUCCCUCCCCAGCCCUAUCCGGCGAGGAGCUGAGCGCUGCCAGCGGAGGCAGCGCCUUCCCGAAGCAGUUUAUCUUUGGACGGAUUUCUUUAAAGGAAAAAGAAACCAACAGGUUGCCAGCCCCGGCGCCACACACUGGACGCCAGAGGGGGAAGCCCAGCCGGGAUCCCUUUGCCUGCGUUGGCCCCUCUCGGGCUGCUGGAGGCGAGGGGAGGGAGGGGGCGAUGGCUCGGCCUGACCCGUCCGCGCCGCCCUCUCUGCUGCUGCUGCUCCUGGCGCAGCUGGCGGGCCGGGCGGCUGCCGCCUCUAAGGCCCCGGUGUGCCAGGAAAUCACGGUGCCCAUGUGCCGCGGCAUCGGCUACAACCUGACGCACAUGCCCAACCAGUUCAACCACGACACUCAGGACGAGGCGGGCCUGGAGGUGCACCAGUUCUGGCCGCUGGUGGAAAUCCACUGCUCGCCGGACCUGCGCUUCUUCCUGUGCUCCAUGUACACGCCCAUCUGCCUGCCUGACUACCACAAGCCGCUGCCGCCCUGCCGCUCCGUGUGCGAGCGCGCCAAGGCCGGCUGCUCGCCGCUCAUGCGCCAGUACGGCUUUGCCUGGCCCGAGCGCAUGAGCUGCGACCGCCUCCCGGUGCUGGGCCGCGACGCCGAGGUCCUGUGCAUGGAUUACAACCGCAGCGAGGCCACCACUGCGCCCCCCAGGCCCUUCCCGGCCAAGCCCACCCUCUCAGGCCCGCCCGGGGCGCCAGCCUCGGGGGGCGAGUGCGCCGCCGGGGGCCCGUCGGUGUGCAAGUGCCGAGAGCCCUUCGUGCCGAUCCUGAAGGAGUCGCACCCGCUCUACAACAAGGUGCGGACGGGCCAGGUGCCCAACUGCGCGGUCCCCUGCUACCAGCCGUCCUUCAGCCCGGACGAGCGCACGUUCGCCACCUUCUGGAUUGGCCUGUGGUCGGUGCUGUGCUUCAUCUCCACGUCCACCACAGUGGCCACCUUCCUCAUUGACAUGGAACGCUUCCGCUACCCUGAGCGCCCCAUCAUCUUCCUGUCAGCCUGCUACCUGUGCGUGUCGCUCGGCUUCCUGGUGCGCCUGGUCGUGGGCCACGCCAGCGUCGCCUGCAGCCGUGAGCACAGCCACAUCCACUACGAGACGACAGGGCCCGCGCUGUGCACCGUCGUCUUCCUGCUGGUCUACUUCUUCGGCAUGGCCAGCUCCAUCUGGUGGGUCAUCCUGUCGCUCACCUGGUUCUUGGCGGCCGGCAUGAAGUGGGGCAACGAGGCCAUCGCGGGCUAUGCGCAGUACUUCCACCUGGCCGCGUGGCUUAUCCCCAGCGUCAAGUCCAUAACGGCGCUGGCACUGAGCUCCGUGGACGGGGACCCGGUGGCCGGCAUCUGCUACGUGGGCAACCAGAACCUGAACUCGCUGCGCGGCUUCGUGUUGGGCCCGCUGGUGCUCUACCUGCUGGUGGGCACGCUCUUCCUCCUGGCGGGCUUCGUGUCGCUCUUCCGCAUCCGUAGUGUCAUCAAGCAGGGUGGCACCAAGACAGACAAGCUGGAGAAGCUGAUGAUCCGCAUCGGCAUCUUCACGCUGCUCUACACGGUGCCUGCCAGCAUCGUGGUGGCCUGCUACCUGUACGAGCAGCACUACCGCGAGAGCUGGGAGGCGGCCCUCACCUGCGCGUGCCCCGGCCCGGACGGCGGCCAGCCGCGCGCCAAGCCCGAGUACUGGGUGCUCAUGCUCAAGUACUUCAUGUGCCUCGUGGUGGGCAUCACGUCCGGCGUCUGGAUCUGGUCCGGCAAGACCGUGGAGUCGUGGCGGCGCUUCACCAGCCGCUGCUGCUGCCGCCCGCGGCGAGGCCACAAGAGCGGCGGCGCGAUGGCCGCUGGGGACUACUCCGAGGCGAGCGCGGCGCUCACGGGCAGGACCGGGCCGCCGGGCCCCGCCGCCGCCUACCACAAGCAGGUGUCCCUGUCGCACGUGUAGCAGGCCGCGGCCGGCCGAGGGACCCGGGCCGGGACGUUGAGGGGAGGGCUGGUUUUGUUUGAUAGUUUUGCCAAGGUCACUUCCGUUUACCUUCAUGGUGCUGAUGUCCCCUCCCGGGGCAACUUGGAGAGAGGGAAAAGGAGCGGUUUCCAGGGCGUACCUGUCCCAGUUCUCAGAGGGGCUCAGCUCACGUGUAAUUCUAUUUUGCGUUUCUUACUACCUUCCUUCGGGGAACCCUCUUUUUAAUUUAUAUGUAUUUUUCUUAAUUUGUAACUUUGUUGCAUUUUGGCAACAAAAUUUACCUUUGCUUUGGGGGCUUUACAAUCCUAAGGCUGGCGUUGUAAUGAAGUUCCACUUGGUUCAAGUUUCUUUGAACUGUGUGGUCUGAAUUGGGAAAAUGUAUUUCCUAUACGUGUGUCUUU